UAUAUGUUCUAGAUACUAGUCCCUUAUCAGAUGUGUGACUUGCAAAUGUUUUCUCUUGUUCUGUUGGUUUUCACUUCCCUGCUGGUAUCUUUGAAGCUUAAAAGUUUAAUUUUGACGAAGCCCAUUUUAUCUACUAGGUACCAUUUCUAAGAAAGCAUUGCCUAAACCAAGGCAGCCCGUUCAUUUUUCAUUUCUGUCUGUCCAGUCUGUUUUCCGUACGUCAACUGGCCGAGCAUCAGCCUUCAUGUCACAGGUGAGGACGAGCUGACUGGAAAGGGCAGAGGCCGCGUGGAUCUGGGUGCUGAUGAGGUCCUGGGCUGCACAGUUGAGACAGGAGAAGACAGACGGACAGGCAUGUACGCCCAGACCACACAUUGACGCUAAGCCAAGAACAGAAGAGAGGCGUUGAGUACUGAGAUCAUCAGGGACCUGUGCUUCCUGCGCCUCCCAGAAGGGAGGCUGUGCGUGGGAUAACCCAGCAAGGUGACAUACAGCAGCAACCACGUGCGGACCAUGGUCGGCCUUCGGAUACAGGGCAGCCUCACAGCAGUCCUGAAGGCCUGGGACACAGGCAGGCAUGCCCACCCGCCACGAGGAGCCAUGUUCAUAGAGGGGGAACAUGGGAAGAGAAGGCAGGUGCUCUCCUGUCUGCUGGCCAGAACGGGACUCAGGAGCUGUGUGCCAGGCUCACUGUGCUCAGCGCAGCACCUGCAUCUGUCUUGUCCUCCCACACACGCAGGGUAGGGCUCACCGGCCCGCUGCACAGAGGGAGUGCUGCCAGAGAGACAGGCUCGGUAUCUCGCCAGGAUCGCACGGCUAGUAACGCUGCAGGAUGGGAACAGAGCCUGGGGGUCUGACCUCUGUCCCUCCUGUGGUGUCUGUAUGACGUCCGUGUCUGCCUCACUUUACGGGGACAGCACUGCUGGGGACUGAGCAGUCAUGGGAGGAAUGAAGUAGACGAAGGAGUGAGUGAGGCUGAGCUGGAGAGAAGUCUUCAGUGGGGAGAGCCUACACAGAAAGGGGAUUAAAUCUCCAGGAAGACCCGAUCGAUGGGGUCUGUGUGCGAUGCCCUGUCGGAGGAGAAAGGUGUCUCAGGUUGUUGCCCUGGGACACCUGGGAGGAACGUUCUAGAGAGGAUGUCACUACCCAGGGCACAGGUGGUGGCCCUAGCCUCAGGCUGCCCGGGGCCCAGUUCCAGCUUGUGGGCCUUCACUUCUCUGAGCACGGAGUGUCAGGCCAUGUGCCUGACACAGAACCAGCGCUCAGUCCUGUCCAUUGUGGUCAGUGGUAGGUGAUCUCAUGGUGACAGAUGUGCCUGAAGGCCAUGGGCACAGGCGUGGAGGGGACCCUUUCUUGCCCUGGCAUGGACCCUCAUCGUCCUAGGGAACACCUACAUCUAUUUUAAAAACCAAAAACAUGAGCAACCAAUCGACAACAAUCACAGAUAACCUGGGAGUCCAUAGCGCUUCAAGAGGGCCAGGCAUCCAAGUCGGGCCCCAGGGCUCCUUCCUAACCAAGCUCUCCCCUGAGAGCCGGGCAGGGGCCCUGACUGCAGGAACCUUGAAGGUGCUGCACGCAGAUGGCUGGAAAUGGGGGCAGCAGGGCACCCCCGCCCCACCCUCAGCCCCACCCGUGUCCAGGACGUGCGGGUCUGAGGUCCUCCCUGCAUGUGCACGUAGCUAUCCCUGCUCCCCAGGAGCAGGCUCCACACAUGACAAGCCUGAGGAAGCCUCCCACGAGGGCGGCCCUGCAGCCUGUGAUGCUGACCCGGCAAGAUGGCACGGCGUCUGCUGAGCGCAGGGUCAACAGGACUCUGGUACGACCCAGCUAUUCCACCGCUAGGCGUCAACCCAAGAGAAUUGAAAACAGCUGUCCAAACAAAAUCUCGUCUGUGAAAUUCACAGACGCACUACUCACGAUAGUCAAGAGGAGAAUCGAUAGCCCAAACAUGCGUCAGCGGAGGAGUGGAUGCGCAGGAUGUGGCAAAUCCACACCGUGGAACGGUACUCAGCCACGAAGGAGAGGAAGGACUGAUCUCGCUCUGUUGUGGAUGGAGCUCGAAAACAUGCUGAGUGAGAAGCCAGGAUUCCUUCUGUGUGAAACGUCCAGAACAGGCAAAUCCAGAGACAAGGCAGGUUAGUGGUUGCUUAGGGCUGGGGGAGGGGGGAGAGGAGUGACAGCCAAUGGGUAUGGGGUUUCCUUUGGGGUGAUGGAAAUGCUCUGGGACUAGAUACUGGUGGUGGUUGCGCAACACUGUGAAUGUACUAAGUCCCACUGAACUGGAUGCUUCAAAGUGGUGAAUUUUAUGUUAUAUGAAUUUCAACCCCCAAAACACAAACAUCCCCGGGGGCUUCUUGUGAAUGGCAAGGUGGGAGCCCCUGGCCUGGAGACUGGGAGGGGCUCUCUGGCCCUCCAGAUCCCAAUGUCACCCCGGGGGUGAGGACCAGGGCAUGAAGACCCUGAGGGUCUGGGCGCCCUCCUCGCUGCCCUGUGAUCCAGCCCCCGCUCCGGCGGCUGAGCCUGCUGGGUGCCUCCUCCCAGGAUGCAGUGGGCGGGAGGAAGGUCACCAUCAAGACCGUGCAGAUGCUUCCUUCACUGCCUUCACCCAGGGCGGGACUCCGGAUCAUAACUCUGUCACCAGCCCCUCAUUAGAGGGAGGGGGCCGCAGGACUUGGCAGGGCCCGUGCCCUUGAGCCGUGUGUCACCUGGCCGCCCCUGGCCUUGGCUCUGCAGAAGAGACUCCUGCUGUUGAGCCCGGGGCUGGGAGGGCAGAGGGGCCACGGGCCUCCUGCCUCUCCGAGGUGCCCACCAUCGGAACUCAGGGUGCUGGGUGUGUCAGUUUUCCUGUUGUCACCAUAACAAGUCACCACAAAUUAGUGCCUUAAAACGACACAUUCCUUCUACAGUCUGGAGGUUGAAAGUCCACCAUCAGUCUCGCUGGGCCACAGGAGCGGGCAGGGCUGCUCCCUCUGGAGGCUCCAGGGGGAAUCUUCUGGCCCUUUCCAGCUUCUAGAGCUUCCCUGAUUCCUUGGCUCAUGGCCCCUUCCUCCAUCUUCCGUGUGCAUCUAACUCUAACUUCUGCUUCCAUCAUCACAUAGCCUUCUCUCUGACCUCUGACCCCUCCCACAUCUCUGUUUUAAGGACACUGAUCACAUUCAGGGCCCGCCCAGGUCAUCCAGGAUACUUGCCCCAUCUCAAGGGCCUUCACUUCCUCUCACCCGCAGAGUCCCUUUGCUGUGUCAGUACACACGUUCACAGAUUCUGGGAAAGGGACAAGGGCAUCUUAGGGACCAUCAUUCAGCCGACCACGCUGGGCUUCUGUCCCUGAGCUGCGUUGUUUCCACAGGAGGACUCUGGGUCCCUGGUUAACUGCUGCAGGUGGAGCUGCCCUUAAAAGUCCACGAGCUCCUGGCAUCUGAACACCUGAGGCUUUACUCCUCCAGCGCCUGGUUCGCUCCACCUGGCACUGUGGGCCAGGCCCAGGCAGAAGGCUGCAGAGAAAGGAGGGGCCGUGCGCUCAGGGCCGCGGGAGGAAGACAGGGCCCCUCAGAACUGAGGUUCUCCACUUCACGGCACGGUAGCCUCCCUUGUGGAGCUUUCUAGAAAUCCUGAUGCCCGGACUGCUCCAGACCAAGUUCAUCUGAAGCUUGGAGAGCGGGUCCAGCAGUGGUAGUUGCAGCGUUUCCGCGGUGUUCUCGUGUAGCCGCAUUUGGAAUGCUGCUCUGGAGGUAAAAGCCUAAAUACCGGCAAAGAAAUUUGAAGUGCACUUAUUUCAACAACAAUAGUGAUUUGAAAUCACACUCACUGCUCACUUCCGUGCUGUGAGCACAUUCUCACUGAAUCCUCCGAAGGGCCCUGUUAGGAGCCCGUUUCACAGGUGACCCCAGCGAGGCCCAGAUCACAAAGCCAUUGAGUGACAAGGUCGCCGUUCCGUCCCAGGCACUCUGGCUCCUGAGACCUGCCCUCAUCUGUCUCCCACAACGUGCUGACAGGUGUAAGCGCAAAGGCCGGGAGGAACAACUGAGGUGGCUUUCUCCCAGAAGUUCCUAACCUGUCUCGUGCCCCACAUUCUGUGAAGAAGGAGGGACCCUUGGGAACAACCCUUGGUGACAGGUGCUCUGGUGGGGCGACGUAGCAGAUGGGAGAUGUCUCCCACUUGUGGGUGCUGGACUGAGCUGCUGCCAGCCUCGUCCGCCAGGGCACGGCUGUGCCACCUUGCUCACUGUCUUCCCUCUGCACCAGCCCCGGGCCCACACAGAUGGGGCCCCGCGGGGCGCCUCUCUGCAGCUCGGGAAAGGUCACCCACCCUGGGAGGCCGGCAGAGAGCAUAUCAAAGCCCCUCAGAAUUAAGAGGUUUUCCCAUUGAGUGGAAUUUCACAGCCCAGUGGCCAAUUUCUAAGUCAUGCACGUUAAUGGGCAGCUAAUGAGGGACCCAGGCGGGGACAGGGAGGUGCCCCCCGGCUCCCCCAGCCGAGAUUAAGCAGUACAAAGCUGAGCCGCUGGUGAGGGCCCUUGUCUUCCUUCUCACUGCCCCUGGGGUGGGUCUGGGGGAGAGAGGGAGAGCCGUGUGGAUCCUAACCCGGUGAGCCUGGGCUCAGUCUGCGCCCCUCCACCCACCCGGGCCGCCCCGCGCCCCUGCCCCACGUGCCCAGCACCAUCCUCAGGGCUUUAAUGACCCCACUCUGUCCAGAGGUGGGGGCUAAACCGUGGUGCAGAAAGCAAGGCCUUGCCCAGGUGCCCAGACCUCGGUUUCUCCCUGGGGAACCCCUGGACCCCGAGGCCUGCCCAGGCGCACUGGCUCGGCCCUCUGGCUGAGUCUUGGCACAGGAACGCCCCACCCCCUGAGGCCUCUCCCCACAUCCCCCUGCCGUUCACCAAAGGGGCUCAGGCCCCUCACCUUCCCCAGGGAGCUCCUCCAGAUGUCCCUGGCCUCCUGGAGUCUCGUGGUCCACUCCCUCUGCCAUUGGACCAGGGUUAUUUGUCUAGUCUUCAUCGUCCACGGUCUGCACGCUCCUCCAGAGCACAGGCCUUCUAUUUCACUUCUGAAUCCCCAGGGCCCGGCAUGCAGUAGUGUUUGCUGAAUGACUGUCUGAUGAGAUGAUUGAGAACACAAUCAGGUCCCAGAUACAUGGGGUGUAUUGUGCUGAAUGGUGGCACCUAAAAGAUAUGCCUGUGCUCUGGAGGCUGUGCGUGUGACCUGAUUUGGAAAAAGGGUCUUUGCAGGUGUAAUUCAGUUAAAGAUCUCAAGAUGAGAUACCCUGGAUUAUCUGAGUGGGCCUAAAGCCAAUGACAAUGUCCUUUUAAGAAAAGGAGAGGACACAGACACAGGAAGAGGCUGUGUGAUGAUGGGGCCUGGAGGGACAUGUCCACAAGCCAAGGAACAGCUGGAGCCCCCAGGAGCUGGAGGAGGCAGGAAGGACCCUCCCCUGGAGCCUCCGGAGGGAGCACGGCCCUGCGACACCUGGAUUUCGGACUUCCGGCCUCCAGACCAGGAGAGAAGACAUUUCUGCUGUUUUAAGCCAGCGAGUCUGUGGCGAUUUGUUACGGCAGACGGGAGGUUCACACAUGUGGGAAAUCAUGCCACUGUCCUUUUUCUCGCUUUUCAGGAAUCCGUGUCUUCAUUCAUUCACUCCCUCAUUCAUUCCCUCAGCAGCUCCUGUCCAGGGCAGGGUCAGAGUCAGGGUGGGGGUGGGGAGGCAGCAUGACAUUGCAGACUUUGAGAUGACACACACUCGGGGCCCUGUCACUUGCCAGCAGUAACGUUUUUGAGCCACUUGCUCCACCUGCCUGAGCCCAGGUCCUGCCCUGUGCAGAGGAUGAUGGUGACACCCCUUGGAGUUGGCUGUGAGGCCCGGCACCUGCGGCAGGGCCCUGCUCACAGUGAGCCGCGGUGGCGGCAUGAACACUGCCCGAGACGUGGGCCAGCUCUGAGCUCCUCAGCCACAAUCCUGGCUCCCUUUCCCCUGGGCCCGUGCUGAGAGGCUGGCCACUCGGCAGCUCAAGCAUUUACUGAACACCACUUGCGGCCUGCUGCAGGAGGUGACACGGUCAGGAGACAGACUGAUGGAGACCACGUGGAGAAGAAGCCGUUGGGGCCCAUCAGGUGUCCAACAGGCCCCCAAAAUGCAGCUGAACCACCUGGAGUGAGCACCCCUGUCCCUGACGGCCGAGGGCUGUCUGUCGCCUUGAAGUCUGGAUUCGGCGCCAUGGAGGGACAGAGCCCGGGAAGCAGAGACCCCUCGGAAAAGCCCAUCCCCGCGGCCGCCCGCCCCGGUCUGUCCUCCCUGGGUGCCGUCUUCAUCCUCCUGAAAUCCGCACUGGGGGCCGGCCUGCUCAACUUCCCCUGGGCCUUCCACAAGGCAGGGGGGGUGGCCCCCGCCUUCCUGAUAGAGCUGGUUUCCUUGGUCUUCCUGAUCAGCGGGCUGGUCAUCCUGGGCUAUGCAGCCUCCACCAGCGGCCAGACCACCUACCAGGGCGUGGUUGGAGGGCUGUGUGGCCCCGCCAUGGGGAAGCUGUGUGAGGCCUGCUUCAUGGUCAACCUGCUCAUGAUCUCCGUGGCCUUCCUCAGGGUGAUCGGGGACCAGCUGGAGAAGUUGUGUGACUUCCUCCUGCCCGGCGCUCCGCCCGCCCCGCAGCCCUGGUACGUGGACCAGCGCUUCACCCUGACCCUGCUGUCUGUGCUGGUCAUCCUGCCGCUGUCCGCGCCGCGGGAGAUCGGGUUCCAGAAAUACACAAGCAUCCUAGGCACCCUGGCCGCCUGCUACUUGGCCCUGGUCAUCGUGGUGCAGUACUACCUCUGGCCCCAGGGCCUCGCUCGUGAGCCCCGGCCUGCACAGAGCCCUUCCUCUUGGACCUCCGUAUUUAGUGUCUUCCCCACCAUCUGCUUCGGAUUUCAGUGUCAUGAAGCUGCUGUCUCCAUCUACUGCAGCAUGCGCAACCAGCGCCUCUCGCACUGGGCCCUGGUCUCCGUGCUGUCCUUGCUGGCCUGCUGCCUUGUCUACUCGCUGACAGGCGUUUAUGGCUUCCUGACCUUCGGGACGGAAGUUUCUGCCGACAUCUUGAUGUCCUACCCAGGCAACGACGUGGUCAUCAUCGUCGCCCGGGUCCUCUUUGCCGUCUCCAUUGUUACCGUCUACCCCAUCGUGCUCUUCCUGGGGAGGUCGGUGAUGCAGGAUUUCUGGAGGAGGGGCUGCUGCCGGGCGUGUGGGCCCAGGGCCCUGGCUGACCCCUCGGGGCCGUGGGUUCGGAUGCCACUGACCGUCCUGUGGGUCACUGUGACACUCGCCAUGGCCCUGUUCCUGCCCGACCUCAGCGAGAUCAUCGGCAUCAUCGGCGGCAUCAGUUCCUUCUUCAUCUUCAUCUUCCCAGGUCUGUGCCUCAUCUGUGCCGUUGGCGUCGAGCCCAUGGGACCCCGAGUCAAGUGCUGCUUGGAGCUCUGGGGAGUGGUCUCCGUGCUCGUGGGCACCUUCAUCUUUGGGCAGAGCACGGUGGGGGCCGUCUUGGAGCUCGUCUGAGGGGCGGCCGCACCUGAGCAGGAGGGGGGCCUCCCCCGGCCCUCGUGGCACCGCUGCCCGAGUCCAGCCGUGGGACCGACGUCAUUCCGUCAUAAAGAUGCUGGAGAAACGGAUUCCUUCUUCCUUCUCAGGCUGCUCACUGGGGCUUCUGCUGGCUCAGAGGGCUUCCGGCGCAGUGGGGAGGAGCGUGUCAGGGUGUCCUGGGGCAGCCCCAACCGGUGGCCACAAACAGCAGAAAUGGGCUCUCACAGUUCUGGAGGCUGGGAGUCUGAGGGCCAGGUGUCGCGGGGCCACACUCCCUCUGAGGGCUCCACAGAUCCUUGCUGCCUCUUCCGGCUUCCCGCGUUGCCGGGCAUCCUGGGCUGGUAGACGCGGCACUCCAGGCUCUGCCUUCAUCUUCCUGGGGCCAUCCUCUCUGCGUCUCUGACCAAAUUCCCCUCUCGUGUAAGGACGCCAGUCAUUGGAUCAGGGCCCGCCUUAAUUCAGGAUCACUUCCUCUUAAUGUAGUUACUUAAUUAGCAUCUGCAAAGGUCCUGUUUCCAAAUUAGGUCAAAUUCACAGAUUCCAGUGGCUAGGACUUUAGCUUAAUAUUUCUGGGGGACACAGUUCAACUCAUACCUGAGAAGUAGGGGCUGAGGCCCAGAGAGCCGUGCUUUGGGGCGUCGGGAUCAAAGACCUGAGGUGAGGGCGUGAGAGCCCAAAAGGAGGUUUCAGGUGGUGUCCGAUGGGGGGUGGCGGUGGACUCGAGCUGGGCCUCGGGCUGGGGCGUGGGGACUGCUGAAAUCCUGCCCUUGACCAGGAGAUGCCCAAGGAGACGGACGCCCAGAGCUGGCCACACGACCUUGCACUUGCCACAUACCCCGAUGGGGGGAACCCCAAGGAGCGCCCCCUUUCCCUUCCACUGACCGGACCUGAGGAGCCUGGAAGCCAAGUGGGCCGUUUGCGCUGGGGUUCCCGCCUGGCCCCACCCCAAUUCUGGCAUGAGGAGUCACAUGAAGCCGAGGAGGAGGGGCGGACGGUCUGCCCCAGGGCCUGGGGAGAGGAGAGGAGACGGGGUGGGGAGAAGCCGGUGGAGAGGCCCGGGGGCCCAGCUGCUCUCGCCCCGUGCUCACCAGCACAGACCCUGCCCAGGCCCGGGGACGUCCUGGAUGUUGCUGGGUUCAGGCCACUCUUCCUGCCUGCAGACAGAAGCAGCCAGUGGUGCAGAGCCAGGAGGGGCUGACAUUCGGGGACGCCUCCCUCGGGGGAGGCAGGGGGCCCAGCUCUGUUUGUUGUGUCCUGCGAUGUGUACAUGACUGUGCGAGGUUGGUGGUGAUAGAACCAUUAUUUUGUUGGUUUUUUCCAGCCUGUCCACCUGCAUGAAUUUUUGAAAUUGAGUUAUGAUUCACAUACUAUAAAAUUCACCCUUGAAAAGUGCACAGUUCAGUGGGUGUUAGGAGAUGGAAGAAUGGUGCAGCCAUCAGCAGUAUCUGAUUCCAGCGCAUUUUCUUACCCGAGAAACCCAGUGCCCGUGGGCAGUCACU